AGUAGAAGGAGCUCUUUCAGUCUCACCUCAUCAGAAGCCAAACAUACACAAACAUGGCGAUAACCGAGGCAGAGCAGAUGCUGUCCUCUCCCUUAUUAUGCCUCCUGCUCCUGGCGCUUCCAGGACUCUCCUCAUCGACCCUCCAUCUUCCCCCGGAGCAGCGCCACUCGCGCCCCCAGAACACAGGCUUUUUCACCCUGCGAGCGGAGGAGCGCUUCAUCGCGGGGAAUAGCGGCGCGGCGGCUCCGGCCGCCCACCGGGAGCACCGCAGCCCACGGAGCGCUGCCCAGGCGGCCAUGCCGAAGGUGUACGGACAGGCCAACCUGAACGACUCUCAUAACCAGAUGGUGGUUCACUGGGCUGGAGAGAAGAGCAAUGUCAUCGUAGCCUUGGCUCGAGACAGCGCAGCAGCGACUGGACCCAAAACCAGUUCUGUCUACGUGUCGUAUGAUUACGGAAGGACGUUCGCCAUGAUGUCAGCCAAGUUCAAGCUCUCGGAAGCAAAAAGCAGCAACGGCAGCAAGCAGGUCAUCUCCCAGUUCUACCACAGCCCUGCGGACAACCAGAGGUAUCUGUUUGUGGACUCUACCAACAACUUCCUGUGGAACACCUUCGACUUCUGUCAGACGGUCCAGGGUUUCCCCAUCCCCUUCAAACCCACUGACCUGCUGCUUCACUCCAGCCAGCCUAACCUGGUGCUCGGAUACGACGGCUCUCAUCCCAGCAAACAGCUGUGGAAGUCAGACGACUUCGGGGAGACAUGGGUGUUGAUCCAAGAACAUGUGAAGACCUACUUUUGGGGUGUGGAUCCGUACGACCCCCCCACCACGGUGCUGGUCCAGAGGCACGAGCCGCAGGGCGUCUCCACCGUCCUGAGCAGCACCGACUUCUUCCAGAGCGAGCAGAACCGGAAAGUGAUUCUGGAGCAGGUGGACAGCUUCCAGCUCCGAGACAAGUACAUGUUUGCUACAACCACCAGGAAACUAUUGGGCAGCCGUACCCCCUCCUCCGUUCAGCUCUGGGUCUCCUACAACCGUCAGCCAAUGAAAGCAGCCCAGUUUAUGACCCGCCAUCCCAUCACGGAAUACUACAUCGCAGAUGCAUCCGAGGACCAGGUGUUUGUGUGCGUCAACCACAUAAACAACGCCACGCACCUCUACAUCUCCGACACGCAGGGCCUGUCCUUCUCCCUGUCGCUGGAGAACGUUCUCUACUACAGUCCUGAGGGCUCGGGCAGCAACACACUCAUCAGGUACUUCGCCAACGAGCCUUUUGCAGACCUGCAUCGGGUGGAGGGGCUCCGAGGAAUCUUCAUCGCCACGCUCAUCAACGGGUCGGUCAGCGAGGACAACAUGCGCUCCGUCAUCACGUUUGACAAGGGGGGGACAUGGGAGCUGCUGCAGGCGCCGGCCGCUGACAGCCUGGGAGGGACCGUGGACUGCCAGCUCAGCAAAGGCUGCUCUCUCCACCUGGCCCAGCGCUGGAGCCAGCUGUUCAACAUCCAGCUGAGGAGGAUGCCCAUUUUAUCCAAGGACUCUGCACCUGGACUCAUCAUGGCCACAGGAUCCGUUGGCAGGAAUCUGGCCAACAAGCCCAACGUUUACGUAUCGAGCAGCGCUGGAGCUCGCUGGAAAGAGGCUCUGGCUGGCCCUCAUUUCUAUACUUGGGGGGACCACGGGGGUAUCCUGAUGGCCAUUACACAGGGAGGCGCCACCAAACAUCUCAAGUUUAGCACCAACGAAGGAGAGACGUGGACCGAGUUCCAGUUCUCGGAGAAGGAGGUGUACGUGUACCAGCUUCUGACGGAGCCGGGGGAGAAGAGCACCAUCUUCACCAUCUUCGGCUCGUAUGCUGAGCAGAGGCACAGCUGGCUCAUCCUGCAGGUCAACACCUCGGAUGUUCUGGGUGUCCCGUGUUCAGAGGCCGACUACAAGCGCUGGUCUCCUUCAGACGAACAUGGAAACGAGUGUCUGCUGGGCAGAGAGGUGACCUUCAAGAGGAGAGCUCCUCACGCCACCUGCUUCAACGGGGAGGACUUUGAUCGCCCCGUCACCGUCUCCAACUGCUCCUGCACGCGGCAGGACUACGAAUGUGACUAUGGCUUUAAGCUCAGCGAGGACCUGUCUCUUCAGGUGUGCGUACCGGACCCAGAGUUCCUUGGAGACCUGUACGCUCCUCCGGUCCCUUGUCCCGUUGGGACCACCUACCGUCGCAGCAAAGGCUACAGGAAGGUACCGGGGGACAGCUGCAGCGGAGGAGACGUGGAAGCCAGGCUGGAUGGAGAGAUGCUGCCUUGUCCUGUCGGAGAGAGUAACGAGUUCAUCCUGUACGCCGUGAGGAACUCCAUCCACCGCUACGACCUGGCUACAGGCACCGACCAGGCCCUGCCGCUGGCCGGCCUCAGGGAAGCUGUGGCUCUGGACUUUGACUACGACAGGAACUGCCUGUACUGGGCCGACAUCUCGCUGGACACCAUCCAGCGUCUGUGUCUGAACGGCAGCACGGGUCAGGAGGUCAUAGUCAGGAAAGACUUGCAGAAUGUGGAGGCCCUGACCUUUGACCCCAUCAGCAGGCUGCUCUACUGGGUAGACGCUGGAGCCCAGAAGAUAGAGGUUUCUAAUCCUGAUGGCGACCUGCGUCACACUCUGCUCAACUCCACCGUCCUGGAGCAUCCGAGAGCUCUGGUUCUGCUGCCUGCAGAAAGCAUGAUGUUCUGGACUGACUGGGGAGACCGGGCCGCCGGCGUCUACCGCGGCUUCAUGGACGGGACCAACGUGUCCUGCAUAGUGUCUGAAGGCGUCCGCUGGCCCAACGGGAUCACCGCCGACGACCAGUGGCUGUACUGGACCGAAGCUUACAGCGACCGCAUCGAGAGGGCCAACUUCGACGGGGGGCAGAGGAGCGUUCUGAUGGAGGGGCUGCCCCAUCCGUACGCCAUCGCCGUCUUCAAGAACGACCUGUACUGGGAUGACUGGUCAAGGAUGGGAAUCUUCAAAGCUCCAAAGGCUGGAUCUCAGAACAAUGAGCUGAUUGUUGGCCGACUGACUGGAGUUAUGGAUCUGAAGAUCUUCUCUAAAGGGAAGAACCGAGGACAUAACGCCUGCGCCGACCAGCCGUGCAGCUUGCUGUGUCUGCCACAGCCCAGCCACAGACACACCUGCGUUUGUCCGGACGGCGCUCCCACCGUCACCACGCCCAGCGGGGAGCUGCAGUGCCUGUGUCCCUCUGGUUACCGGCUCCAAAACAACACCUGCAUCAAGAUCGAGCACAGCUGCUUGCCCAAUCAGUACCGCUGCUCCAACGGCCGCUGCAUCAACAGCAUCUGGAAGUGCGACAGCGACAACGACUGUGGAGACAUGAGCGACGAGCAGGAGUGUCCGACGACCACCUGUGACCCGUCCAACCAGUUCCGCUGCGUGGCCUCGGGCUCCUGCAUCCCGCUGGCCUUCAAAUGUGACCACGAAGACGACUGUGGAGACAACAGUGACGAGGAGCACUGUGAGUCUCACCAGUGUGGCCCGGGAGAGUUCACGUGCGCACGAGGGGUUUGCAUCCGUGAUGCUUGGCGCUGCGAUGGAGACAACGACUGCAGAGACUGGUCCGAUGAAGCCAACUGCACAGUGGGCCACCAUACAUGUGAACCGAGCAGCUUCCAGUGUCACACAGGCCACUGUAUUCCACUGCGCUGGAAGUGUGACGGAGAUGAUGACUGUCAGGACAACUCUGAUGAGGAUCCUCAGUACUGCGAGGGAACCCAGUGUAAAGGUUUCCUGUGCUCCAACGGCACCUGCCUUCCAGCUAAGGCUCACUGCAAUGGCAUCCGCGACUGUCCUGAUGGGGCGGACGAGCACAGCUGUGAUCCGCUGUGUACUCGCUACAUGGAGUUUGUCUGUAAGAACCGAGCGCAGUGCCUCUUCCAGUCUCUGGUCUGCGACGGCAUCAAGCACUGUGAAGACGGUUCUGAUGAGGACGCCGGGUACGCCGGAUGUGUUACGCCGUCUGAGUUUGGCAAAGUGUGCGAUUCCUACACGUUUGAGUGCGCUAACGGAAUGUGCGUGAGCCUGGAUUGGAAGUGCGACGGCAUGGACGACUGCGGGGAUUACUCUGACGAAGCCAACUGCGCUGCUCCCACCGAGAUGCCGGGCUGCUCCAGGUAUUUCCAGUUUGAAUGCAGGAACGGUCACUGUAUUCCUACGUGGUGGAAGUGCGAUGGAGAGAACGACUGUGGCGACUGGUCGGACGAGGCCCAGUGCACAGGGGGCGCCACUCCGCACGCUGCGACCUCUGGGCCCAUCACCUGCGCCCCAAACCGUUUCCACUGCGGCACAGGAGCUUGUAUCAUUAACACCUGGGUCUGUGACGGCUACGCCGACUGUCCUGACGGCAGCGAUGAGCUCGGAUGUCCCACAGCAGCUAACAGCUCCAUGACGGCGGGCCCUCCCCCGGCCCCCGGACGCUGCGGUCAGGGGCAGUUCCAGUGCAAUCACCCCCCCCACUGCAUCCAGGAGUGGCUGCGCUGCGACGGCCACCCGCACUGCCAGGACGGCUCGGACGAAGCCAACUGCCCCACCCAGCAGUCUCUGUUCUGCAUCAACGGGACUCGCUGUUCCGACGGCGAAGCCUGCGUUCUGGACAGCGAGCGGUGCGACGGCUACCUGGACUGUUCGGAUCACAGCGAUGAAGAGAACUGCACCGUGGACACGCGUGCCUACAAAGUCCAGAACCUCCAGUGGACCCCGGACUUCUCCGGAGCCGUUACUGUGACCUGGUCACGCCCCAAAAACCUGCCCCUGAACUCCUGCUACUUCCUGGUCUACUACAGGCUGGUGGGGACACAGCAGUGGACCAGCAUGGACACCCACAGCAACAAAACCAGCUACAGGCUGACCGUGCUGAAGCCAGACACCACCUACCAGGUGAAGGUGCUCACUCAGUGCCUCAACAAGCUGCACAAGACCAACGAGAUGAUCACCAUCAGGACGCCGGAGGGAUUGCCCAACCCUCCCAGACACCUGCAGCUGACGUGCGACCGAGGCGAGGACGGGACGGUGAAGGUCAGCUGGAGCCCACCUGACAGCGGACGCGGUCUGAUCAGAGAGUACAUCGUGGAGUACAGCCAGGACGGCCUUCCUGACUGGACGUCUCAGAGAUGCAGCUCAGCUGGAACCGAGGUGAAGGAGCUGCAGCCGGACAUCCUGUACAGAUUCAGGGUGGCUGCAGUGACCAGUCGAGGUGUUGGAAACUGGACGGACAUUAAAUCCAUCAUCCCCCAGAAAGCUCUGCCUCCUCCCUCAGUCAAAGCCACCAACAUCUCCUCCAGCUCCAUCUCUCUGUCCUUCAGCCUGAGCUCCCGCUCUGAGCUGCAGUAUUUCAUGGUGGUUCUCUUCUGGCAGUUUGACUCUCACGUGAAGGAGAGUCAUCAGUACAACGUCACACAGGGACAGUUUCAAGCCACAAACCUGACAGCGGGGACGGUGUACGAGGUGUCUGUGUGGGCUCACACCAGCGUAGGAGACAGCCCCACCGCGCUGUCCCACUACCAGACCGCAGGCACCCAGCCGGAGCGCCCCUUCCUCAAAGCCAAGGCUCUCAACCAGACGGCGGUGGAGUGUAGCAUCAACAGCGGCAGCAGCGCCGCUUCCUUGGUGUACAGUGUUUUUUAUGCCACCUCCUUCCUGGAUCUGUAUCGCAGUCCCCAUCAGGUCCGAAGCACGUCCCCCAGCCUCACGGUGACGGUGGACAGCGAUGAGCAGUUUCUCUUCCUGGCUCGGGUCGUCUCUCCUUUCCUGGGUCCUCCCUCUGAAUACGCCGUGGUCAAAAUGAUUCCCGACGAGCGGCUCCCGCCCCGCAACCUGCACCGCGUGCGCGUGGACAAAACGCAGGCCACGCUGAAGUGGCAGCCGCCCUACGACACGCCGGACGCUCCUCUGACGUAUGUGAUCCACGUGAAGGACGUGAUCCGUAAGGCGGAGCGGGACUAUAAGCUGACCUCCAGGAACAACACGGUGGAGUACCUGCUGAAAGGGCUGGAGCCCGGAGGAAGGUACAGCGUCUCCGUCCGCCUGCGCAACAUGACCAAGGAGGCCAGCUUCAACCUGAACACAGUUCCACUUUCUGCUCCUGAAGCCUUGAAGAUUCUGACAGAAAACGACCACAUCUUCCUGUUCUGGAAGAGCCUGGCCGUCCGGGAGAAGGGCUUCAACGAGAGCAGGGGAUAUGAAGUGCGGAUGUCUGACAGCGAGACCAACCAGACGUCGUACCUGGGAAACACGACAGAGACCUACUUCCGCAUCAACAGCCUGCUGGCGGGACACAACUACACCUUCUCAGUGCAGGCCAGCUGCCUGCUGGGGGGCCAGCUGUGUGGGGAGCCCGCACUCCUGCUUUAUAACCCUCAGACAGGCAGCAGCGAUGCGUCCCGCGCUGAGAGCCACUCCAGGGAUAUGGCGUCAGUGGUGGUUCCCGUCCUCUUCCUGCUGUUGGUGGUGGUAGGCGGCGGCUUGGUGGCGCUCUACAUCCGACACCGCCGCUUGCAGAACAACUUCACCGCCUUCGCCAACUCCCACUAUAACUCUCGCCUGGGCUCUGCCAUCUUCUCCUCUGGGGAUGAAUUAGGCGAUGAUGAUGAAGAUGCUCCAAUGAUCAGCGGAUUCUCCGACGACGUCCCCAUGGUCAUUGCAUAGCUGGCCAUCCCCUCGUACAUCGGAGCACCCAGAAACAUCCCGCCAUCUCGGAUCCAUCGGUGGGAAUCCACCCGCUUGGCAGGAAACAUGAAGGAAAACGGGGGAAAAAAUAUAAAUAUUUUUCAAGGAUACGAUGCACUUUUUUUGGAUGCGCAAUAACUUAUUUUUCUAAUGUUAAAUGUUUGUGUUUGUGGGCUCAGACUUGAUGGGGGCGGGGGGAGCGGAAACCGAAGCAAGCUGUGAAGGAUCAGAGUUCGUCCUGGGAAUGACUCCUUUUUGGAAUUUCAGCUCUGUUCGUCGGAGCCGUUUAUUGCUUAAAGCCAAAAUAAGCAUUCAAACUGGAAUAAAGAAUGCAAAAACACAGAACAACAUAGAAAAAGAGAAAUAUAUUAAAAUAGUCUUACGCUGUAAACAUGAGUUAAAAAGCUUGUUCAUCAGGUCAGAAACACGUCUUUGAAUAGUACAGUUAUGUGCUGUACUAUCUGAGCAGGUGUGAUAUUGGCGUCCCUGGCCGGGCAGCUGGGGAAUUUCACUGUGGAUUAUGGACAGAAUGUUCCCCUGAAACACCUUUCCUUUCCAGCACCAGCGCACCGUUCUCUAGAGCCAAACCCACGUCAGGAUCCGAGCGCAGCCAAGCUCAUCGUCACUGUUUGUAAAUAUUUGCUUUUAAUUUCCUCUCCUUGCAAUGCUGCACUGUACCGUUUGUAAAAUGUUUGUUUUUAUGUUUAAAUCGUUCAGGAUAAGAGGGGUUUGUUGUCCCCAGCGUUUGUCGUAGCUGUGGUCACAGGGGAAGUUUGUUUGGGGUUCUCAGGGAACAGUGAGAGCAGACGCCGGCGCUGGGGGCGGCACCCCCCGGUUACCAUGACUGGUCUGGAUUCAAAGGAGCCGGUUUGAACUGGGAGCUGUG